AUGUCGAUCAUAGCUCUCGGCCCCCUCGUUCGAACGCCGGCGACAGUGACAAUGAACAGCAAGCAACCUCCCCAAGUGACCCCUGCGACGGACUUUAACGCCGAUGCUAUGGCAGAGCUAAAACAACUCAAUUAUGUCUUACCUGACGACGCCGCCGAAGUCGAAUCGGUUGACUACGAGGACAAAACCAACCUGGCCAAGUCACAGCACCCCAGUGAAAAUCUGGAGUACGCUGGUGUCGACUACGAGACAAAGAAGUGGUCAAACACUAUCAACGUCCGGUUCCGGUUUUGCAGCCUGCGCUACGAUCUGAAAACUGACAUGCUCAAGCAUAUCACUAGAGUACGAGCCACGAUCCGCGAGCUGGUCGACAUGAGCAAGGAAAUGACGGAGUCGGAAGUAGUCGAGUGGUUGGUGAUCGCCUUGCCCGACUCCGGUUCGGACAACACAACUCUUUCAUCAACCAUCCCAAGCAAACCCAUGGCCAUGCAGUCAAACACAAAGCUCUUACCAGUGCGCUCCUCAACGAAGAAGAAAAGCGCCCUGAAAGGAAGCGAGGCCUUGCCCGACCCGCCAACCCCUGGCCAUGCAGACAAACACAAAGCUCUUACCAGUGCGCUGCUCAAUGAAGAAGAAAAGCGCCGUGAAAGGAAGCGAGGCAAUCGACAUGACGAGCGCCAUGAUCGCCCAAGGGACGCGGAACGCAAGCGCACCUACGAGGCCAUGGGCAUUGAGGACAUGACGCUGGAGAUCAACGCACUACAAACGCGAUUGACAGAGCUGAGCGACAAGCCACGCAAGACUGGCGACAGCCUUCUUUGA